UGCAUUUAUAAGUUUGCGUAUUAACCUUUUCUUGCUACCAUAUCGUGCAUCAAAACAACCCGAACAUAUCAUGGAAGUUGAAUCCUGUACUAGAAAUUCUCCGGCUGAUGAUCAGACGCCGAUAUUGAGACCCGAUGGUGGUGGCUACAACCACAACCCAGAUCAGGACGCCGGCAAUGCCCGAAACCAAAACAAUUCCCAAAAUUACCCUAACCAAGGCAUUUCAACAAAAACUGUCAUUAGGAAAACGAUCCCUUACGUAAUUGCUAUUGCUUUUGCGUGCUUGCUUUUUUACCACUCUCCAAGUCAAAUGGAUUACUACUUCUCCAAAAUGUCAUCUCAUCCAUUGUCACAGUGGGAUCUAUCUGAAAACAGUAGCACUACGACUGAAUCAAGCCACAAGAAUUGUAAUUCAUCGCAUCCUGAACCUCAAGGUAAUCUCUCGGGUCCGGAGAUCUUGAAUGUAACUGCUUCACCAAAUAACGCAUCUAUGGAAACUACCCAAGAAAGCAGCUUAGGGUUUAAUGCUUCAUCACCAAUCCAAAACGAAUCAGGUGUAGAUACAUCUUCAGCUCUAUCACCAGUUUCCGAAGACAGUACCGAAGAGGCCAAGUUAAAACAAGUGCUAAACAAAGCAGCAACAGAGAACAAAACUGUGGUUGUAACAACUGUAAAUGCCGCAUGGACAGAACCGGGUUCCUUGCUCGAUCUUUUACUUGAGAGUUUGAAGAAUGGAAACGGAACCCAAAAGUUUAUAAAUCAUCUGGUAGUUCUUUCAUUAGAUCAAAAGGCAUAUAACCGUUGCUCAGAGAUCCACCCUCAUUGUUUUGCAAUACACACUGAAGGGAUUGAUUUUUCCAUCCAAGAGGCAGUUUUUAUGACACCGGAUUAUGUGCGGCUGGUUUGGAGAAAGAUUGAAUGCAUGCAGCUAGUUCUUAAACUCGGCUACAAUGCUAUUUUCACGGAUGCAGAUGUAUUGUGGUUCAGAGAUCCAUUUCUACAUUUCUUAGAUGAUGCAGACAUUCAAACUUCAAGCGAUUUUUAUGGGGGCGCCCCGACGGAAGGCUAUGCAAAUACGGGUUUUUACUUUGCAAAAUCGAAUAAUCGUACGAUCCAGUUUUUCGAGUUUUGGCUCAAGUCAAGGUACACGUAUGAGCAUGAUCAUGAUCAACAAGUGUUUCAAACGAUAAGUGCGGAUCCUUUAGUAGAGAAGAUUGGCAUCAAGAUUAGGUUGUUGGACACGGCAUUUUAUGGGGGAUUAUGUCAACCAAGUAAGGAUCUUAAUCUGGUUUGUACGAUGCAUGCCAAUUGUUGUAUUGGUUUACGUGGUAAGAUAAUCAUUAUAAGAAUGCUGCUUGAGGAAUGGAAGAAGUACAUGGCGCUAUCAAAUGAAGAGCAGACCGAUACAGAAUACACCUGGCCAUUUCCAGUCGUAUGCGGUUGAGUUAUAUAUGUCUCAAUUAUGAUAGUUCCCGUACCAUGUUUGCUAGGCAGUAUUUUAUAUAAAUCUCAAAUAUGAUAGCUCCGGUACCAUGUUUGCUAGGCAGUAUUUUAUCAAAUUCUUUUUCAUUUUUUGUACCCUUUUGAUCAACCACAUUCUUCUUACCUUCCUUUUAGUGUUGUUUUCCGGUCUUGAAAGACGCGACUUGUCUUUGUUUCUUUCUUCCUUAAAGCAAGCAAACAAGGGGCCUAGUUCUGAGCCUG